AUGACAAGCAAAAAUGAUAUUUUAAGAGUUGGUGUGAUUGGACCCGGCGGUGCAGGACGAGGGAACACACUCGGUUUCGCAACACGUCCCGACGCUGAAGUCGUCGCCGCUGUGGACACCCACGAAGCGAGUUUGGACGCUUUAGAAAGCGCGCUCCAAGAACAGGUAGACGGCUAUAAAGCAAAUAGUUUCAACCGCUACCUCGGUGAAUACGAGUUCGUGGAGAUGCUCAAUCACGAAGAUCUGGAUAUAGUUGGUGUAUUCUCGCCCCACUCCCUGCACGAUAUUCAUGUGAAAUACGCGCUCCGCGCCGGAUGUCACGUUAUCGUCGAAAAACCGAUGGCGAAUGUCGUUGGCGAUGCAAUCGCUGUAACCAAAAUUGCAAUGGGCAGUGGAUUACACCUUGUCGGUGGGUAUCAACGACAUUACGAGGAUACCUACAUGGCAGCCAGGCGCGCAAUCGCUGAAGGACGCAUCGGAAACCUCCAGAAAUUUGAAGUCUAUAUGGCACAGCGCUGGGGUGCGGGUGGAUGGCGAGGAAAUCCACGCUUCUCCGGCGGUGGACAGCCCAACGACUCAGGAAGCCACCUUCAAGAUAUAUUCUUAUGGAUGACGGGUGCCUUGCCCGCUGAGGUCUACGGAACGACUGACAUGAAAUUUGAGGACGACGAUGGAAACCUCGUUCCAAAGUUCGUUGAAAUUAAUUCCUACUCCGAUGUAACACUGGAUAACGGUGCCGAUGGCACAAUCACUAUCCUCGGCAACACGCGCGUCGGGUUUGAAGAAUGGGUAAUUCUGGAAGGGGAUGAAGGAACGAUCGAAAUCAAAAACGGUAUUCGUUACACUCCCAAAGGUGGCGAGUCAGAGCCACUUGCUUAUCCGCGUCCGGAAGGAUACCCCCGCAGCAAAGUCGACCAGCUCGUCGGUUUGGUGAAAGGUGAGUACCAGACGAACUAUACCUCUGGCAUCAACGGGAUACGCACCAGUUGGUUGACGAAUUCAAUCCUCGAAGCCGGUAAGGGUCCCGACGCGAAAAACAGAGUGAAUUGCGACAACCUCAUCCAGAAAGAGGGCUACACUCGGCAAGAGAAAGACUACCCCGGUGCGAUAGCGGCGUAUCAAAGUAUUGUGGAUGCCAAACCCGGCACACCCGAAGCACUUCAGGCACAACUCGCUAUAGGCAAACUUUUCAUCGAUCGGAUGAGUCAACCCGCAGAAGGCAUCAAAGCCCAUGAAGCACUCAUUGCCACUGCACCGGAAAGCGACGAAGCCGCUGAAGCAUAUUAUGAACUCGGCAUGCACUACUACCGACAAAAGGAUUUUAAAGCCUCCCAAACCCAAUUUGACGCGGUUGUUAAUAACUUCCCACAACUCGAAUUGAGCCACAACGCACAACUGAUGCUGGCGAAAAGUUUUGAAGAGGCAAACGAUUUUGAACAGGCGGUAGAGGUUUUCGAUAACUUCGCAAAUCGGAACCCUCGCAGUGAACGCGCCGCGCUGGCUAUUGCCAAUAAAGGGCGAAUCCAACGAGAGCACCUCAAAAACGAAGAGGAAGCGAAACGCACUUAUCAAACACUCGUUAAAAGAUAUGGGAAGGUCGAAGGUGCUGAAAAAGAGAUUGAGAAAGCAAAAGCGGAACUGACAGAUCUCAAAGGCAAGCAUUCCGGAGGCAGAUGA